GCGAGUCGCGAGUGACGAGUGCAGCUCUAAAACCCAACUAAACCCCAGCAGAGCUGUAGCACCAUCGGCAGUUCAUCCCCUCUCUCUCUUCCGCACGAACAAAACAAACAACUGUAAGCUGUUUCGGGGCUAAAACCCAAUUGCCUAAACCCAAUAUUGGACAUUGUAUUUCAAGACAAUUUCGCUGAUCUUUUCGCAUUGCUGUCAAAUCUAAUUGUAUGUUCAGGGAGAGGAAAUCUACAGGAUGAAUCAAGAAUUCUAGUGAAUGGUUAAGAAACAAGUGGAGUAGUGGAGGAAGGACGUCUUACAAUUUUAUUGGCAAAAGAAGUUGUAGUUUCAAGAUUAAGACGAUUCAGCAUUAUUAAUGUUCUACAAUAGCAUGUUGCGUCGUCACGUCCACGACCUUGUGAAGAUUACGAACAUACACAAUGUCCAGAGUCGAUCCCUCUGCAACACAGCAACUGAGUCAUACACAGUGACUCCCCCUAUCAAGCCAUGGCCGCAGCGCCUCUACCCGAAGCGCCUGGUCUCUAUCCUCACACGCCAGCAGAACCUUGACCUUGCCCUCCAGAUCUUCCGCCAUGCCGGUGACUUCCAUCCUGGUUUCUCACACAACUAUGACACUUACCACACCAUAAUUCGGCGCCUCUCUCAUGCCCAUGCUUUUGAAGCUGUUGAGUCCCUCCUAUCUGAACUCCACAAGUCCCGCAUUAGGUGCGGCGAAGACCUCUUCAUUGCGGUUAUUCGUAGUUAUGGCCUCGCUGGUCGCCCAAAAUGGUCCUUGAAAACCUUCCUGCGGAUUCAAAACUUUGGUGUGCAGUGCUCAGUCAGGUCCUUGAACUGUUUGUUGAAUGCUUUGGUCCAAAACAAGCGCUAUGAUUUAGUCCGCUGGGUUUUUGAGAACUGCCAGAGCAAGUUUGGGGUGGUGCCCAAUGUAUUUACGUGUAACAUUUUGAUUAAAGCGCUUUGCAACAAGAACGACAUGGAGGGUGCACGUAGGGUGUUGGAUGAAAUGCCUGCUAUGGGAAUGGUCCCCAAUGUGGUAACUUACACCACCAUUAUGGGUGGGCACGUUUCACGGGGUGAUAUGGUUGGUGCCAAGAGGGUUUUUGGUGAGAUUUUGGAUAGAGGGUGGCUGCCUGAUGCAACUACCUAUACCAUUUUAAUGGAUGGGUACGUAAAGAUAGGUAGGUUGGCCGAUGCUAUUAAGGUGAUGGAUGAGAUGGAAGAGAAUGGGGUUCUCCCCAAUGACGUUACUUAUGGGGUUAUGAUCGAAGCUUAUUGUAAAGGCAACAAGUCCGGUGAAGCACUUAAUUUGCUCGAGGAUAUGCUCGAGGGAAAGUACAUACCGAGCUCAGCGCUUUGUUGCAAGGUGAUUGAUGUGUUGUGUCAGCAAGGGAAAGUGGAGGAUGCUUGUGAACUCUGGAAGAGACUUUUGAAGAAUAAUUGUACUCCAGAUAACGCCAUUUCUAGUACGCUUAUAUACUGGCUUUGUAAGAAAGGGAAGGUAUGGGAAGCAAGGAAGUUAUUCGAUCAAUUUGAGAAGGGUUCAAUUCCGAGUAUUUUGACUUACAACACACUUAUCGCAGGAAUGUGUGAGGAGGGAGAAUUGUGUGAGGCAGGAAGAUUGUGGGACGACAUGGUGGAGAAGGGUUGUGCUCCUAAUUCUUUUACCUAUAAUAUGCUGAUAAAAGGAUUUUGUAAUACUGGAAAAGCAGAAGAAGGGAUUAGAAUUCUGGAGGAGAUGUUGUGUAAAGGAUGUUCGCCUGGCAAGUCUACUUAUGGCAUGUUGAUCGAUGGACUGCGCAGAAAGGAAGGAGAAGUGACAAAGGUCCUUUCAGUGGCGAUGUCAAGCAGAGAAAUUGACAAUGAUUGCUGGGAUAUCUUCUUCGCUACGAUGAUCGGAGAUUUGGAUACGGGGGCAACCGUUCUUGAAAAAAUUCUGUCGGAGAAUAUUUGAUCAAGAUUACACCCUCUAAUUCUAAAGUAUUGCAACAAAUUAACUAAGACCCUUUACAGCAUUGGGAAAGCAACAAAAUUUGGCAUAAAAUUGUAUAGCAAGAACAGUCUCUUGAGUGGAUAAAUUUUUGUUAGGAAGAAAAUGGAAAAUGAUUAAUUAGCCCAUCAUAAAUGGGAAGUAGUUGCCUUAAUUCCUGUAGAUUGAAAAG